AUGGGCAAAGUCGGUCGCUUUGCGUGUAUUCUCACGCCCAUGUGCCUUACCCUCGCAUCUUUAAUAUGUUUUGUCAUCGUCAUGAUGGGCCAAACACCAUGGAAGGGUAACAACGCGCCGGCCACCGAUCUCGGACGAGAACUAUAUUUCUUCAGGGCCAACACAGCAAACAUAACGCUCGACCCGAAUGUCAUCACGGACAAACUGCCCAAGGGCGUCAAGAUCAACAACGACUUCCUCGACGCCAUCAGCGCAAAGGCAAACUCAAAGGAACUCAAGGACUUCUACCAAGUUGGCCUCUUCUCCUACUGCGAAGGCGACAUUGUAAACAACAAGACGGGCGAGGAGAAGAUUACCUACUGCUCCCCUCGCAAGUUCCAGUUCCACUUUGAUCCCUUGGCUAUCUGGCAGCUCAACAACACAAGCGUGCAGACGCUGCUCGGCGACAAGUACGACAAGGGCAUGAAUGCGUAUGCGAAAGCAGCAGGAUGGAUGAACUGGGCGUUUGUUAUUACCCUGGUUUUGACGAUUGUCGAGUUUGUCGUUGGCUUUUUUGCGAUUUUCAGUCGUUGGGGUAGUUUGGUUACUACCAUUGUUUCUACCGCCCAAACCCUCUUCGCCCUCGCCGCCGCCGCAACAGCAACAGCAAUCUACGGCACCGUAACCGGCGUCUUCAAAACCGUCCUCGAGCCCUACAACAUCGACGCCUCAAUGGGCUCGCGCAUGCUCUCCACCCUCUGGCUCGCCGUCGCCUUCAGCAUCGCCUCGGGCUUCUUCUGGCUCAUCAGCGUCUGCUGCUGCAGUGGCAAGAGCCCCCAUAAGAAGGUUUCCGUCGAGAAGACUCCGUAUACGUAUGAGCGCGUUUCUAGCCCCGCGUUUGGUGGACAGCAGGGACAUCAGAUGCAGGAGUGGCCCGGGUCGCAUCAGAACAAGGGGCCCGCGGGUCCGACGGCGUAUGAGCCGUUUAGGUCGAGGGUUUAGAUAACGUGAGGUUUGGUUAGGAGGAUGUAAGGAGGGAUGUGAGAAGGGGAAGGGGGUGAGGGACUGACUGUUGUUUAACGACUUGUAUGACCAUUUGCUUUUCUUUGGAUUUUUCUGUUCUGCGAGGGUGAGAGGUGCUGGGUCGGUAUACCCCGAAUGGCGCUUUCUUGCAUUUGGGCAACGGUUUUGUUUACGGGGUGUUCUUGCAUCUUUUACAUGGCGUGUAUCGUUAUCAACAUACCCGGCAGAUUAGGGAUGAGCGAAACUGAGAUGAACAAAACAACA